UGUGAAAAUGGCGUGUUGCAUCUCAAACUCUGUUGCGUUCCAGCAGGCCUGGAGGAGAAGAACCCCUUACAGUUUAUUCGGUUGGAACAUAGGCAAGAAAAAAAAUGCAGAUAUUAAGCCUCAACCAAAGUACCAUGACACUGAUCUUCCUUUCUCUCUUGCUCUGGUAGACAAAACUUUCUUAAGAGGUAGGGAAUUGAAAUGCUGCUAUAAGGCUACUGUUGAUGGUUUUAGCGCCACGAAUUUUCAUGACUGCUGUGAUUUCAAGGGACCAUGCGUGGUAAUUGGAUACACGAACAAGUCCUUCAAGUUUGGUGCGUUUAACCCUGAAGGUUAUAGGAGCACAGAUGAUUACUACGACACAUUCGAUGCAUUCCUCUUUUACUGGCCUGAUGAUGGUGAAACGGAUCCUAUCAUACUGCCCAAAGUAGGGGGUAGUGGUGCGGCACUUUUCGACUAUGCUAGAGGGGGUCCCCAAUUCGGGGCCGACGGGUUACUCAUCGGACCUCCCCUGUCGCCGGUUAUGGGCGGCUUUGCGGGGCCUGACACAAAUUCAGGCAUUGGAGACUUGAGGCAAGCCAAGUCUAGAUUGGGAUUAUCGUAUGCCAAGAGGAAGGAUGGUAAGGAGUCACUCUUUGGGGACGGGUCCAAGGCUACUCUUGAGGAAGUCCAAGUCUUUUGCAGCCCUCAGAUUGCUAGCUUAUACUGAGAUGAGCAAUGGAGCUUGUAAAUUCUGAUGCAAAUACCUUAAUUGAAAAGCAAGUUCUUAAUGAA